GCUGGGGCGGGCGGCCCUUUGGGUGUGAGAGGUGGGUGGACACCUAGGACUCUGAGGCCAGGCCGCCGAGGCCGGUGCUGUACACGCCAUGGUUUUCGCUCACCGCUUGGGACGACCUAACUCCACGGUUAGGAACAGCUUAUCCCCAACGCAGGAGGGUAAAAAACUAAAACGUGUUGGGUGCCAGGUGUGUGCGUUCCCACAGAGAGCCAAAAAAGCGAAAUAAAACAUGCGACCGUCGUGAGACUCUGGGUCAAUUAUGUACUGUCAAAGAUGUGGCAAAAUAACAGGUGUUUUGAAGGAGCUGGGCCUACAUAGGAGGAUAGAUGGAAUUGUUAUCUUUUGCUUUCUGUUCAGUGUUGAAAAGCAUGUUUGUAAUGCAAAAUGGUGGUAUCAAAGCGUCCCCCUAGAAUAUGGAAAUAAGGUUGUUGUCUGGGGGAAAACUAUAAAAUGUAAAGAAACAUUUUAGGGAGGCCUGGGUGGCUCAGUCGGCUUCCCCGACUUUGUCUCAGGUCAUGAUCGCACAGUUGGUGAGUUUGAGCCCAGCCUGGGUCUCUGUACCGAUAGCUCAGAGCCUGGAACCUGCUUUGGAGUCUUGGGUCUCCGUCUCUCUGCCCCUCCCCCACUCGCCCUCUAUCUCAAAAAUAAGCAAACAUUUUUAAAAAAGAAAAGAAACAUUUUACCAGACCUUCAAGGCUGAUCUGUUACUGAACCAUUGAAUAAAAAGAGAUUCACCGGUCCCAGAUGAAUCCAAGCCUCCUCUAGAGGGAGAAAGAGGAUAUCCUGGCUUUAACAGGAUCUUUCCAGAGCCCAGAAGCUGGGAAGGUGGUUUCCACAAGGCACAUUCCAUCAGACAUUGAAACUCUUCUUCAGCAUGCUGAUCCCAUUUUCAAUGAAGAAUUGCUUCCAGUUACUUUGUAACCUCAAGGUCCCAACAGCUGGCUUUAAAAACACAGUAAAAAGUGGGCUUAUUUUACAAUCGAUUUCUAAUGAUGUUUAUCAAAAUCUGGCUGUAGAAGACUGGAUCCAUGACCAUGUGAAUCUAGAGGGCAAGCCGGUUCUUUUCCUUUGGAGAAAUUCUCCCUCUGUUGUAAUAGGUAGACAUCAGAAUCCUUGGCAGGAAUGCAACCUGAAUCUGAUGAGAGAAGAAGGUAUAAAGCUGGCUCGGAGAAGAAGUGGAGGAGGAACAGUCUAUCAUGAUAUGGGUAAUAUCAAUUUGACUUUUUUUACAACCAAAAAAAAGUACAAUAGGAUGGAGAAUUUAAAAUUAGUUGUGAGAGCUCUGAAUGCUAUCCAACCCCAGCUGGAUGUGCAGGCCACUAAAAGAUGUGACCUUUUACUUGAUGGACAGUUUAAAAUCUCAGGAACAGCUUCUAAGAUUGGCCGGACUACUGCUUAUCACCAUUGCACUUUAUUAUGUAGUACCAAUAGGGCCUUCUUAUCAUCUUUGCUGAAGAGCCCUUACCAAGGGAUCAAGAGCAGUGCCACUGCUAGCAUACCUUCCGUAGUAAAAAAUCUUUUGGAAAAAGAUCCCACUCUGACCUGUGAAGUACUGAUGAAUGCUAUUGCUGCAGAAUAUGCUGCUUACCAUCAAAUUGAUAAUCAUAUUAACCUAAUAAACCCAACGGAUGAGACACUGUUUCCUGGAAUAAAUAAUAAAGCCAAAGAACUACAGACCUGGGAGUGGAUAUAUGGCAAAACUCCAAAGUUUAGUAUAAACACUUCCUUUAAUGUAUUAUAUGGACAGUCAUAUUUGGAAAUUAAAAUAGUCCUAGACAUAAAGAAUGGAAGAAUUGAAAUCUGUAAUAUUGAAGCACCUGAUCAUUGGUUGCCACUGGAAAUAUGUGACAAAUUAAAAGCAGGUUUUAUUGGCAGUAAGUUUUGCCCAAUUGAAACUACUAUGCUAACAAGUAUAUUACAUAAAACAUGUCCUAAAGAUGAUGAACUACACAGUAAAUGGAAUAUUCUCUGUGAAAAAAUUAAGGGAAUAAUGUGAUUCCAAAUAAAUUUCUUAAUGGUUUUAAUGAUAAUAAAAUGUUUACUUUGUA